GAAUUAGCGAAAGAAUGUAAACUUAGUUUAGAGAAGGGAGCUAUUGCCAAAGAGCAAGAGUUAAUUGCUACAAAAGCACCAUGUGAUCCAAGAUUGAACCAAAGAAGACAAAAAAAAGAUUUAGAGAACAAAAAGAAAAAAGAGAAGAGCAAACAAUUAGAGAAUGAUAUUGCUAAACUGAAACAGCAACUAAGACAUUUAAAUGAGGAAAAAUAA